AUGCUCGGCCCAAUGUCCUCCCAACCGCACUCCAAUGGGGCGGCACCGUCAAAGCUCGCAGGCAGACAACACUGUUUCCUUUGCGAUCUUCCACGAUGGCCAUGGGCAAUGUGCAGUGAUUACGGGGAGCCUGUUUGCAGAGGAUGUGUCAAUUUUGAGGGAGCUGAUCGAAUCGAAAGUGUGAUUGAUCAAGCAAGACAAAUGAAGAGAAUGCAUGGGUUUCCUGUUCCCGAAACGAAUGGACGAGUGAAGAAAGAAGCUGCAUCGACCUCAGCUGGCCCAGGCCGAGUCUCCCCUCCGCGAGUCGCUCCACCACCGGUGACCGCAUCAACAAAUCCGUUAAGCGCUUUGAAUCCCCUAUCAUCAUUCAGUGAGGCAUUUGCUCAACAACAGCGUCUCCUCCAGCUAGCGUCCACACUCGGCAAUCGACCCGGCACCUUCUCGAUGGAGGAUUUAGCGCUGUUGCAACAACUCCGUCCACUCCCCAAUCAACUCCUUCAUCCUGCUAUGGGUUUACCCGGUUUCGGCUGCAUCCCUGGUGGCCUUCCCCUUCAACGAAAACGGGAUCACGAUGAUGAUAAAACAGAAAUCUACGGAAAAGUACAAAGAGGUGAUGCCCAGACGACCUCAGUAUCCCCAACAUCAACCCAUUCGCCCGAUCAUCCGGGCACUGAUAGGAGAAAAUACGCCAUACCGACGGGUAUGGAACGGGUUCUUCGUUGCACUCUUUGCCAGGAGCGACUCGAAGACACUCACUUUGUUCAAUGCCCUUCUGUAAACGCACACAAAUUCUGCUUCCCUUGCAGCAAGGAAUCGAUCAAGAAACAGACCCAUGGACAGGAUCUCUACUGUCCCUCCGGUGAGAAGUGCCCCUUGGUCGGCUCCGCGAUGCCCUGGACUUUUAUGCAAGGAGAGAUUGCGACGAUUUUAGCCGACGAGUACGACGAGUUCAAGCGUACCCGUGAGGCUGCUGGCCUCGGCGCCGGUUCGGUGCCUCCACCACAAUCAGCGCAUUCAGCCGGCUCACAAGCCUCCUCAUCCGGCCAACAGAACAGUCCCGCUUCAACCACUACAACCGGCUCCUCCACAGCUUCUUCAGCUGCCUCCGGCCCGAUUCAUGUCAAU